ACAUGGCUGACGAACAUUCUCGCCCUGGCGCUGAAGAGCCAAACAACUUUUCAGACACAUCAGACAAUGUCGCGAAGACGGGAAAUCUAGAUUCCGUGUCUACUGCAGACCUCAAGAGUGUUCUGGUCACAAGCGUGUUGAACCUGGAGAAGCUGGACGUGGAUCUGUAUCGAGGGACACACCACUGGGUACCCCGCAGUCAGCGCCUGUUUGGAGGACAAAUUGUGGGUCAAGCACUGGUGGCUGCUGCCAAGUCUGUCGGCGAUGAUGUCUUUGCACAUUCCCUCCACUGCUACUUUGUACGAGCAGGGGACCCCAAAGUACCAGUGUUGUACCAGGUGGACAGGACACGAGAUGGUCGCAGUUUCUCUGUGCGCUCCGUCAAAGCCAUCCAACAUGGACAACCCAUACUCAUCUGCCAGGCCUCAUUCCAGUUGCAACAGCCCAGUCCGGUGCAGCACCAGUUCACAAUGCCAGUGGUUCCAUCCCCUGAAGACCUUCUUACAGUCGAGGAGCUUGUCCAGCGUUACCUCAGUAAAUCAAACCUGGCAGAAAACGCCAAACUGGGACUCAACAAACUCCUGGCUAAUGAGGUCCCGAUUGAGAUAAAGCCUGUCAACUUCCCACACUUCUACAGACUUUCUGCUUCUGAGCCAAAGCAGCUGUUUUGGGUGCGGGCACGAGGACAUAUCGGUGAAGGCAACAUGAAGCUUCACUGCUGCGUGGCAGCCUACGUGUCGGAUUAUGCUUUUUUGGGAACCGCACUGCUGCCUUAUCCCAACUACCGGGCUCAUUUCCUGGCGUCUCUAGACCAUGCCAUGUGGUUCCACAGCACGUUCCGCAGUGACGAGUGGAUGCUGUACGAAUGCGAGAGUCCAUGGGCAGGAGGCAGUAGAGGUCUUGUCCAAGGCCGCUUGUGGCGUCAGGAUGGGGUGCUGGCUGCUUCAUGUUCCCAGGAGGGAGUUCUCCGCGUCAAGCCGGUCAAAACCAGCAAACUCUGACUGCACUUUCAAUUCUAUUUAUUUGUAUGAUUUUUGUAAUUUACCUAAAAUUGUAAAAUAAAUAGUUUUUAACGUAAUCGUUAAAUCAGUUUAUAAUAUUUAAUUUCAUGUUAAAAGACUUGAAAAAUAGGACUUAUUUUCUGGUUCCAAAAAGGUGCAAUGUUGGCAAUUCUUGUUUCCUGAAUGUCGAAUCCCCAGAAACCUCUUCUUGGCAAUGUGUUGUGAGACUUAAAUAUAGGCUGGCAAAAGAAUCCCUGAAGAAGAAUUUGAAAACUCCAUAAAUGGGACGCAAAAAAUGUAAUUCUUUCAUCCGAAUGUAUCUUCCACAUGAAACAAUAGCUGUACAUGGAGACAGGCAUUAUGCAGUGUUGCUGGACUUCCAACAGACACCGAUCCGUGGUAAGUUGACUUUUCAUAGCGAUGGAGGUUAACAAAUUGCGGAGAACUGUGUGCAUUUCACUCACCACCAAGCUCUGUAUUUCACCGGAAUAUAUGUUUGGCAUCAAGAUAGAUUUGAGAUUUCAUUCUUACUUUUUAUUUCCUGACUGAACUUGGAAGCUGGCAUUGUUUGAAACGGCACCAUGUUUUAUGGUGAGCAGACCAGAUAGACUAGUUAAUAAAGCUCAGGGAGUUGCCUCACUGUCUUCUCUCAUUACCAUGUUCAAGUAUCUGUGUUGUUAUUUAAUGAAUAACCAGUUUGAUGUUCUGCUUUUUGUUUUGCUCAUUGUUCUGUGAUUGCUGGUUUGAAACGGACCGUUCUGAUCCGCAUCAUCGUCUCUACCUAUUUUUCCCGGUUUAAAACAUUAAAUAUUGUUUCAUAGAGUGUAGGACAGAUAGAUAGAUAUGUUUUAGGAGUCGACCCAUUUUGUUUGUGAGAUCAUCAAAUGAGUUGGGGUGACUUCUUCAGGCAUGAAGACUAUUCCUCAAAAAAGCUCUCAAUUCAUUGGUCUUCCUUUCUGUCAGCCUGGGCCUCUUCAACUGGUCGAGGCCCCAGAACAUUUUGUGAGACCAUGAAUACUGUGAUAUUAUCCCAAUGGAGCCAAAAAAUCUUUCCUUUUGAGGAGGAAUUCCAGGCCUCUUUGCUCCAGCUGCUGCCCCCAUGACCCAUCCAUGUGUCAGCAGUGGUACAUGGAUGGCUCGAGCUGUUCAUCUACCCAUUCUGGUGCACUAUCUCGCCACUACUCUUACUUGUUUAGCUGCAUUUCAGAAUAAUGAGCGUCUCUUCCCUCUGUGCUACGGUGACGGCUCAACUGACUUGGCUGCUUAAACAGGCAUUUUGUCCAAGAGAUAAAUUGGUCGAAUCUGCGGAGGAGACGUGGCUGCAAGUUGAACAAAAGAAUCCAAACUUAGCGAAUUUAAGGGAAGUGAGGCUCAAAUAUUCACUCAGUAAAAAGGGUGAAAGCAGAUAAGGAAGCAAGGUUUUUUAACAUUCAUGAAAUGAAGUGGGUUUCCUUACUGGUCCCAUUAUAUACAGCAACAGAUGAAAUUCUUAUGGCGAUAAAUCAAAAUGUUAUCCUUGGUGAAACCCUGGUUUAGAAACAUCAACUAGACUUUGACAUUUUGCUUUUGGUUGCUAUGAUAAUUUAAUUGGUAAACCAGCAAAGAUUCUUGUGAAGUUGUCCCUUGUGAAGUUGGUUACCAGGUGAGACUUCUCUGCGCCUCAUUGUCAUGUCUCCCACUUUACAUAUCCGAUUCUGCCAAAUGUAUUUGUCAUUCUACUGGUUGCUUGUUCCUCAUCAUGAGUGAUAUAUGAGCUCCUUCACCUCAGCUGACACUGGGCGGUGGCUUCUGUCAUCCAAGCCGCGAGGCUUUAAAAGGAGCAGUCCCUUUUCUCACAUUUUGAGUCUUUGCUUUUGGUCGAGGAGGAUGUACGUACAACACCCAGCACAAAGUGAUUAAUGUAGCACGACCUCAAGUCGACACUUUCCAGGAAUUGCAAGCUUAUUAUGGGGUAGGCUACAGGUACUGAUGGAGUCAAGAGGCAGAUGACACAGUAUUGAAGGGUUGAUGCCGUUUCAAUGAAACAGUGUCCUGAUCCUCAUAGGCCACCAGAUGGCGCUGUCUGGGGUAAAGUGUUUGAACUUGAACAACUAAUUCAAUGAAACCUCACAUCAUUUCUAAACCAAGAGCACCAUCUAGGCCUCUGAAAAUUAGGACACUUUUUCAUCAACCCUGCAAUACUGUUUCAUGACACCUCAUUUGCCCAUCGCUAGCAUGAGAUGGACAGGUGUGGUAGGGAGUCAUCCUCUUCAUAAGAUUUUGAGAACUCAACCUGCUUCCCUUACUUUGGAAUCCCUUAGUCAGGCCAUCCACCAAUGACUGUCCCAUCACUGCAGCACCCUUCGAGCCGGAGGUGACCCCUCCCAAAGGGUCAGGUCCACAUACUGAUGAAGACUGGGAGAACUGCAUCCUUGAUAUUCCUCUCAUCAGGAUCUCAGAUUGAUCAUGUAAUGUACACACACUUUUAUUUAUGUUGUGAUCCAAAGAUGGUUGCUGAUAAAGGCAGAUGUCAUGAGUUCUCCAAAGCAUGUUGUGACUUUCCAGAGGCUGGCUAUCCAAGAGAUUCUGAGUUAAACCGCUGGUUCCCUGCAUUGUGAGGAGCAAAUUGAAGGCUAAGGUUCUGUCGGCUUGUAGGAAGAGAUUUGUUUGAGGAAGAGUUGUUGUUGUUUUAAUCUCCUCAUCCACCGAGAAUACUUCCAGAUUUUCAGGAGGAGAUUUAGGGAUGUCUUUUUGCUGAGACUGUUUCCCAAACAGAUGGGUCUGUAUUGGUUCUGAGGACGCUGUAUCAACCCACAUAUUUGAUCAACAAAUCUGAUUGUCUUGAAUGUUCCUACCCAUCAUAAGUGCAACCCUAACUCUUGAUACAUGGGAACAAUAUUGAGGCGCCUCUGAUAUUCAGCAUAUGAAAUGAAAAGCAUACCAAUAGCAAAUACGUCACCAGGCUUGCUUUAUGUGGAUAUCAAUUGACAAUAAGUUGGGUGUGUUGUUUUCUUGGGAUGAAAAAACAAUUCAUUGUCAUGUUCAUCUCAAACCGGUUCGCUUCUUUAGUUAGUUAUGCAAUGUUGGUGUGGCAAAACAUAAAUGCCCAAUUACACCUCUGCUCGCAAAAACAGAAGGGACAUCAUGGUAGCGGUAGAAAUGAAUGAAACAGGGUGAAAUUACUGAAUUUUGGCCUAUUGAGCUACUCAAGUGAGGGUCAAUGCUCAGAGGGUCAUCUGAGCAUUGACCCUCACUUGAGUAGCUCAAUAGGGACUUUGGGAAUGUUAAAACCAAUUGAUAGCUUUCUAAACUAUUGGGGUGCAGAAGCGUGGGCUGAAAAAUAAUCAGAAUGUAAAAACAUUUUUUAUUUUAUCCUAGUUCCAGAUGGACGGUUUCUGUAGGUACAGUGGCGUGAUUUCAAGUUAUAAAAGAUAACUGCGGCAAUGCAGCAUGACGUGAAUCAUAUACAUGAGUCACCCCACAUCAUUUGUGACGCACAACAACGCCAGAUUAAAAUGGAAUUGUGAAUUACACUGUAUGGUCCUGGCAAUUGGGAUGACUCACCUGCUUAGGUGGUACACAAAAUAGUACAGAAAGGCAGAGAGGGGAGCGAUGAGAGGUGGUAGACCAGAAGGGAGGAGACUCUAUUGUCCAGCAAAUCCUUUGUCAUGAAGACAGAGACAGAGUCCAACCCAACUAGAGAUGACUCUCAAGCGUCAUUCAGGGAAAAGGCAAUAGAUCGUACAGUGAGCUCCUUCUCACCGCCAGGAUUUAUGUAUUUUAGCAAAUGGGAAUGAAAUUGUAUUCCAUUAUUUUGUCCCAAUAGACCACUGUGAUUCAUAAUACUCAUAAUAAAAAAAAAAACAGAAAAUAAAUGACAAUCAGAAUAGUCCUGAAACCAUGACAAGGUAUACUUACAAUUAAAAGAUAAUGCAUGAUGAAAAUAUUUCAUGGUAUACUGUAGUUAUUUUUGUGAUUUUUUGUUAUUGUGUUAUUAUCAGCAAAAACAUCGAUCCAUUUCAUUGAAUCACUGUCCCCAUGUCUGAUGUAUGAGGUCUGACUAAAUUAAAAUAUAAGGGCUCUGAGAGUGCAAUGAAUAUGUACUCCACCUAGACAAAAUCACAAAGAAGAAAUACUGUGUUUUCAUAAAUUUCAUUUCCCCCACAAAAAAAAACAAAACAAUUUUUUUGUUUUGUUUUUUAUUACCAUGAAUUACACAUGAUAUGGACAAGUGCGAUGCUCGGUAACUGUGAUAACUGGGUCAAACGGCAGCAGCAUCUUAUGACAAAUGAGGAGGUAGCAACUCCUCAAACAAGCACAGCUGAAAGGAUGGAAGUGGUGGAAGUCAUGAACAAAAUACCAGCUUACAUCUGAGCGAUGGGUCAGCAGUACAAAAAUAUAUAAUGUGCGUGGGUAAAUUUCUACACUGUUGCUUCACAGAUGCAACACAACCGUUCAGCAUCUAUUUCUUAGACUCUUUAAGCGUAUUGCAAUUUCCAAUACGCGCUGUUUUCGUCCACGUGUCCGCAGCUCUGCCCACAGUGCCGAUCUCCUGGAGGACUGGAGAUGAGAAGCAGCAGCUGAGACCAGCUGUGGUGUCUGAGCUUCAGACACGCGGGUGAAAACAGCUCGUUUUGAGUGCUUUAAUGUCAAAAAAAGAUGCAAGUUCGAGUUCAGAACGUUUCCCUGUUUGUUUCAUGACUCAGUCUCCAUGCUGGAGCUCAUUUUCAAAACUAGCUUUGAAGUGAUCCUCAUGUAUUUUUAAGCUGGGUGCACCACUGACCUUUCAACGGUGCAGACAGCGCUACUGCACCUGUGGCUUAUAGGCUUAUGUAUGAACAAGAUCUGUUUUCCUUCUUAAAUUCAGUGGCUAAUCCGGUGCACUCUAUAGUCCGGAAUGUAUGGUACUUCAUGCUUUAUUGGGGUGAACAUGCAUUGUGCGAGAAGAUGAUCGAAGAGGUCCUUAUGGCACCCGUGUGGCACCAGCACCACCAUCUGUAGCACCAUCUUUUCUCCAUCUUGUCAUGGACGGCAUGUUGCCUGAAUGAUUUAUGUGGCAUCAUAUGAAGGUUCUGUGGUUCAUUAUGUCUGAUCAGAACAAUUAAUUUGGUAAUGAAUUGACAGUUUGAGCGAAUAUAUUUUGAAACACUUUACCUCCCUGCAUCUUCAGACUGAGAA